AUGCGCCUGGGGACGCCAUUUGAACCACUCGUCAGCGGAUUGAACCGGGUUCGUAUCUGCCAAAUGGCACCGUCCGCCAUCGCACCUCUCAGUACACCUAUAGCGUUAGGCGUGCUCGCCAUCUCCUUCUUGGUAUUUGUUGCAUUCUUUGGGAGAAUUCCUGCAUUACGGCACACCCCAAUAGCAUGGCUGCAUCGGCUCUUGAUGGUACAUAUUCCGAAUGGCAUCCUUGCCUUGGACCAGUGGCUCACUGGCGGACGAGCGACAGCUUGGCUGUUCCGCUUUGGUAAUGCAGCCAUGUAUGGCCGGCAUCCAACAAUACUGAUCUUUUUCUUCCUGCUGCUCUCCGUCGGCGAGUACCUAUAUCUGCCAGGCGCCUGGCCACGUCUAUCCACCUUCCAUAAAGUUUUGGGGUUCUUCUCCAUCAUCUCCCCCUACUGGUUUCUGUACCUGGCUGCGUAUCGGGACCCUGGCAUUAUCACCCCAGCCACACACUCCAAGUAUAUGAGCCACUAUCCCUAUGACUUUGCCCUUUUCCACCCCGGCCAGGUCUGCCGGACCUGCAACCUGAUCAAGCCCGCGCGGUCCAAGCACUGUGCCGUCUGCAAUCGCUGUGUCGCCAAGAUGGACCACCACUGCGUGUUCAUCAACACGUGCGUUGGCUACGAAAAUCAGGGCUACUUUAUCCUGCUGCUUCUCACGACCGCCUGGCUCACCACCUACGGCGCAUACCUGGGCCUCGGCCUGAUCACCGAGAACAUCCAGGCUCGGCACCCCGGCUGGCGGCUCUUCAAGCCCAGCAGCUUCUCGUGGCACGACUACCUGGUGCUGCUGACGUUCGGCAUCCAGGACGACGUCGGCAUGGGCUCGGUGACCAUGCUGGCGCUGAUGACGACGCCGCUGGUCUGGGGCCUGCUGGGCUACCACAUGUACCUGAUCUACUGCGGCACGACGACCAACGAGAGCAUGAAGUGGCAGGACUGGAAGCUGGAGAUGGACGACGGGUUCGCCUUCAAGCGGGCGCUGCCGCGCGACCGCGCCAAGGACCCGCGCUGGGAGGCCAGCUGGACCCGCUGGCCCGUCGAGAGCGUCCAGGUCCUGGUGCGCACCGACGACGGGUCCUUCCCCGAGGCCGGCGACCACGCCCCUGGCGUCGGCGACUGGGAGCGCGUCUGGCACCUGCGCGACGUCGAGAACCUGUACGACCUCGGCUUCCGCGACAACCUGGUCGACGUCUUCAUCCCCGGCUACUCGUUCCGCGACGAGACCGUCACCGACGAGGAGCGCGGCCGCCGGAGCAAGAAGCCCAAGCAGACGCGGGCCAGUGCCGUCGUUGACGCGGCUACUUGA